CAUUAUAGUCACUAGAAUGCCAUUUGAUAUGUCACCCAUCAAGGGAUUGUUUUGAAAUUUCUCAAAUUUAUUUUCCACUGUAGCGAUUUCCUUCAGCUCUGAAUCUCUCUCAUUCUUGCUCACCGAUCUCACUUACUCACUCUCUCAUUUUCCGGUCACCGUCCGGCGUACGGAUCACCUGAUUCAAGUACCGGAAUCUCUCACUCCGUUUGCCGAGUGUCGAUCUCUUGGUGUCUCCUUCUCCUAUUCUCCUUCCCGACUUCAACAAAGAUUGAAAUAAUUUGCGGGAAGUUCAUACAAAUUUUACAAAAAUCACAAAAAUGCCGUCGUUGCAAACCGCAUUACCUCCAGAACUCGCCAACAAUGUCAUCAGACUUUAUCGUGAAUGCCUCCGACGGGCUAAAUAUAUUGGCAGUAAGAAUUAUAACACAGAACUUGUGGUUGGCAUGGUGAGGCAACAGUUCAGAAGUCACAUGCAUGAGACAGAUCCAGAGAAGAUUCAGAAGUUAAAGGAUGAUGCGGCAAGGGGACUUAUAAAUCACAUAUUGUAUGAGUCAGAAAGGCUGUCUGGUCGUAAGUUUAGCAAAAGCUAAGGUUUUGACUUCAUUGCAUUGAAGAUUAUGGUCCAUAUUUUGGUUUUGACUUCAUUGCAUUGAAGAUUAUGGUCUAUAUUUUGGUUUUUGAUGAUCUUUUCAUAAGAGAAGCUUCAAGUGAGUAAAGAGGUAAUUUUGGCUCUAUCCAAGAUGGACUUAUCUCAAGUGUAAAAUGAGAUCAUUUACAAUUAUACAAAGGUGACUCUUGGUUCACAUUUUUGACCAAAUUCAAAGACAAUACUAAUCUAAAAGUUUUGGAUUCAGUCAA